AUGUCGGUGACAAGGACUGGCAGAAUCUACAACCUAGGAGAAUCGGUGAACGAAACAGAACAAGACGUGGAGAGUGACCAAGCUGUAAUAACGAUGGCAGAGACAGGAACUGGAGUGACUGAACUUCUACAGAUGCUGCUGGAAGAUCGCCGGAGCCGUGACGAGGCAGAAACGGAAAGGGCCAGAGCAAGAGAAGAAGAGAACAGACAACGAGAGCGAGAACGAGCAGAAGAACAGGAACGUAGAGAGAGAGAAAGAGAAAGUGAACAAAGAAUGCAAAUGAUGCAAAGUCAGGUGGAGAUGAUGAGAAACUGGAUGGACCUAAAUCAGAGUCGAGAGGAGAUCAAGGCGAAACGAGCGGAAGAUCUACGACAUUUGAACCUAGCCAAACUCACGGAAAAAGAAGACAUUGAGGCAUACUUGACUACGUUUGAGCGACUGAUGACAGCCUUUGAAGUGAAAGAAGAGCACUGGGCCCAUAAGUUAGCGCCACAACUUAUGGGGAGAGCCCAGCAGGCCUUUGCUGCAAUGGAUGUAGAGAAAGCUAAGAACUAUGAGGACGUGAAAAGAGCUAUACUGCAACGCUAUGAUAUUAGCGAAGAAACGUACCGCAAACGCUUCCGAACUACGAAGAAGGCCGAAGGGGAGGCGUACCUGGAGCUCGCAACAAAACUGAGAGACCUCCUGGAGAAAUGGACAGCAGGCUGCACCACGAUGGAAGCACUCAAGGAGAAAAUUGUAGUGGAGCAACUGACCGGAGAAGAAGCGGGAAGACUGGCCGACAGCUAUGUUCAUUCCCGUCAACUUGAUCCUAAGGAGUUACCGCCACGAGAGACUCGUCGGCCCAGCAGAAGGCUAUGGCUGAUCGAAUGA